CACAUCACUCUCUCUUUCCUUGCAAACUUUCUGCUCUCAAAGAGUAAAGAGUUGGAAAGAGAGAAGAUGGCAAUUAGGGAAAUCAAAGACGAAGAGAGGGGUGAGAUAGUACAUAAGGUAGAGGAGGGUCUAGGGAAACCAUUUUUGACUCAUCAAGAUGAUGAAAAAGAGAGUGAAAUUAAUGAAUCUUAUUUGAUGGUUCUCUUCAGCACUUUUGUUGCUGUCUGUGGCUCCUUUGAGUUUGGCUCUUGUGUUGGAUACUCAUCCCCUACUCAGUCAUCUAUAAGACAAGAUCUCAAUCUCUCCCUUGCAGAGUUCUCAAUGUUUGGAUCCAUCUUAACAAUUGGUGCAAUGCUUGGUGCUGUUAUGAGUGGGAAAAUUUCAGAUUUUUCCGGCCGAAAAGGGGCUAUGAGAACAUCAGCUUGCUUCUGCAUUACAGGUUGGCUCGCUGUCUUCUUCUCCAAGGGUGCAUUGUUACUUGAUGUAGGAAGGUUCUUUACAGGAUUUGGAAUUGGAGUUUUUUCUUAUGUGGUCCCUGUGUACAUCGCUGAGAUAUCUCCCAAGAAUCUCCGAGGUGGACUCACAACACUGAACCAACUCAUGAUUGUGAUCGGCUCAUCGGUUUCUUUCUUGAUCGGAUCUCUCAUUUCUUGGAAAACUCUUGCCCUAACCGGACUUGCUCCCUGCAUUGUUUUGCUCCUUGGCUUGUGCUUCAUACCCGAAUCUCCUCGAUGGCUGGCAAAGGCAGGCCGUGAGAAAGAGUUUCGCGUAGCCCUGCAAAAACUGCGAGGAAAAGAUGCAGAUAUCACAAAUGAAGCACAAGGUAUUCAAGUCUCGAUUCAAGCUCUAGAGAUUCUCCCACAAGCAAGAAUUCAAGAUCUUGUGUCCAAGAAAUAUGCUCGAUCUGUCAUUAUUGGUGUUUCUCUGAUGGUAUUCCAACAGUUUGUUGGAAUCAAUGGGAUCGGAUUCUACGCAAGCGAAACGUUUGUAAAAGCCGGAUUUUCGUCUGGGAAACUCGGAACAAUCGCUAUCGCUUGUAUUCAGGUUCCCAUAACUGUUCUUGGAACAAUCUUGAUAGAUAAAUCUGGACGAAGACCAUUAAUUAUGAUUUCAGCUGGUGGUAUCUUCUUGGGAUGUAUACUCACAGGGACAUCUUUCUUACUCAAGGGACAAAGCUUGUUGCUUGAAUGGGUUCCUUCGUUAGCCGUCGGAGGUGUACUUAUUUAUGUAGCUGCUUUCUCUAUCGGAAUGGGACCUGUUCCUUGGGUGAUAAUGUCUGAGAUAUUUCCCAUAAACAUUAAGGGGAUCGCAGGAAGCUUAGUGGUACUAGUGAAUUGGUCCGGUGCUUGGGCUGUUUCUUACACUUUCAACUUCCUCAUGAGCUGGAGCUCUCCAGGUACAUUCUAUAUUUACUCUGCUUUUGCAGCCGCAACGAUAAUCUUUGUGGCGAAGAUGGUGCCAGAGACGAAAGGGAAGACACUGGAAGAGAUCCAAGCUUUGAUCAUGAUCUCUUUAAUGGUGGUUCUCUUCUAUGUUGGUCGUCCUCUUUACUGGAAGAUCUCCGCCACAAUUCACGAUAUCCGCCACAACAAACAAUCCGUUAGAGAAGGUAUAUCGCAGAUCGUACACGAAGCGCAGAGAUCGGUCGGAUGGUAUCACGACGAGUCAGAUUCAGGGUUCCGGGAAGGUCACAACAAGAAAUCAGGAGUCGCUGUAUCUAGGAGGCUUCUCUUCGCCGGAGAUCAGUGAGAAAUUUUCUCCUUUGCUUUCUCAAGUUUUCGAAAAAUAAUUUGUACUAGUGUUAUUGUGUAAUGUUGAUUUGAUCGGAUGGGAGUCUCCAAUUACAAAUCAUAUCUCAAGUUUUUUAGGUCAACAUUUUUGUGUAUCGUCUUGUGAUGAUAUGUUGUUAUAUGUUAAGUUAUGGAUUUUGUUUGGCUUAUACUUUUGCAGAUUUGUGAGCUUUUUGCUAUUGAGUUUUGAGAUUUUAC